AUGUAGAGCACGUUGUCUUGUAUUGUCUGCGAUCAGACAAUAUCUGAAUCUGUAAAAAAAGAUCUACCUGUCUGCUAAUCUUGCUUCGACUAGGUUUAUAACCUAGAAAAAUAAACUAUCAGGAAGAAGAAAAACGAAGAGGCUGAUCAUAUAUGCGACAACUUAUACUUAGGAUCAGAGAAUUCAGUAUUGGAUUUAGAGUAUCUAAGGAGGAAUAAGAUAGACCGUAUCAUUGUUGCAGCUGCCUUUUGUGACAAGAAAUUUAACCAGGAAGAGCAUUAAAUAGCAUACUUGACAUUAGAGAUAGAUGACAGUCCUGAAGAAGACAUAAAAAAGUACUUUGAGGAGACUCAUAGCUACAUAAAUCAAAAUAAGGAAACUAAUGUAAUCGUCCAUUGCGUUUCAGGAAUAUCAAGAAGUGGAACAAUAGUGAUUUCUUACGUGAUGAAGCAUAAAAACUUGAGAUUUUAAGAAGCAUGGGAGUAUGUUAAAAGCAAAAGAUCAAUUGUAUAUCCUAAUAGUGGGUUCUAAAAAUAGCUUUUGCAAUAUGAAUAGGAACUGUUUUAAGAAAAUUAGCUAUGA